UUGGAGCACUUUGGUAAACCGGUGAAUGAGAAAGUGGACGGUAUUUUAUAUGAUUUAGACACCUGUGGAUGAGGAUGAAUAAAGUGGAAGUGGACGAAAGCAUCAUGUCCUAUCUGUCACAGAAUGACAUCGACAUCAACCCAAAAGACUUGAAUGUAGUGGCCAUGCUUCAAAACUUCUGGGAGCAGAAGCAGGGGGGUCACAUGAAUGGCCCCUUUGCUGGAUCACAAAGUUCUACAGGGGAGGCAACAGCCCAGACAGACACCUUACUCCUAUAUGAGUCUGCUCCUUCCCCAGGACCCUCAUAUGUCUGCUAUGUCACCCUGCCAGGAGGAAGCUGCUUUGGGAACUAUAAGCUGUGUGACACUCUGGCAGAGGCCCGUCGAGAUGCAGCACGAGUGGCCCUGAUGAACUCACUCGUCAACGAGCUACCGUGUCGACGCAUCAGCCCUCAGUUCAUCGCUCAGAGUCUGCAGCACGCCACCACAGACAGUACUGUUUGCAUUGAAGAUGCAAAUGAUUCAAGCACAAGUAUUGGAACUUACAGUUUCCUUCUCCACUCCUUCCUUGGUAGGACCAUGCUGGAGUUCCAGGAGAUGAUGAUUGUUUUCCAGUUGUUGCACUGGAAUGGAACACUAAAAGCUCUUAGGGAAAGACAAUGUUCUCGACAGAGUGUGAUCGCUUAUUAUACUCAGCGGGGCCUUGAUGAGCACCUGCACAGCAGCAUGGCUCUGGAUUGGCUCGACCGAGAGCAAAGGUCACCAGGCCGACUCGGGGAGGAGCUGAAGGUAGCGCAAAGGGAACUGGCGAUGGCCAGGCGUCGAGGCAUAGAACUACGCUUCUACAAGGAGAAGACAGGGAUCCUCUCUUUGGCUCUCAGUCAAGCUUAUAUCCACCACUCACCAGAGGUUCUCAGUCAGACACAUGAUGACAAGGAAGAAGAGCUUCCUUUACAUAUAAUGUCUUCCCAUGAUAGUGAUAUGCAAAUAACAUCACUUUGCAGUCCAUCACCACAACUUCAUGAAAACACAAACCAAGGACUGUGUGAAAAUUGUGGCGGAAACUUUCCCUGCGAUAGUUACUCAGCCCGCUCACAUUGCACACCUGUGUAUUCUCUAAAUCAGAAUAUGGAGGAUGGAUGAGACAAUUGAACAUACUGUAUGUCAGGGCUGUUCAAAUGGCCAGUAGGUCCUUAAAAACAGCAGAGCACUUCUGCCAGAAAAAGGGUCUUUGAGAAGCGUUUUUAAUGUAUGACUUCAUCAGCCAUUUGACAAACUAAAGAUUUUAAGGUGUGGCAGAGCCUUGUACUGACAUGAAAUAACACUAAAUAAGAAUAAUAGUAAAGGGAGAAGUCUGGCCCCAUGGUCUUUAGCUUUCUGAAAAUGUGACCCCCUUGGAAAUGUAGUGGAAGAGCCUUGUUGUAUACGAAUGAAAUAAAUGUAAGAGUUUUAGUUGAGUUGAGUUGUUGCCUAGUUCUAUAUAAACGGAAGUGUUGCAACUUCUCAUACAUAAAUGCUGAGUUUAAACCAUUUCACCAAUAUCACAUCUUUUUUAGCCGUGAUGUACACGUUAAUUUUAAUUUAUAUAUUUUAAUAUGAUAAAUUAAAGGCAAGUCUAAUAUGAAGCAUUUUUAUGCAUGUGUUAGUUUGUACAUUGUAUAAAAUGAUUUGAAUUUCCACAUUCUUUCUUUAAUGUAUGCCAAGUGACACGCACAACAUAAAAAUUACUUACCAAAGAAGCUGUGUGACAUUUUGGGUAGUAGACGGGUUGUUUACUUUGACAAGAAAGAUGUGUACUCUAUACACAUGAUCAUCUCUUACGAAAUCAGGGUAUGUGUGUUCCAGGGGAUUUGUAUCUACAACAACAUUACAUUGUCUUAAAUGUGGACAAAUGCGUGUAACUAUAAUGUAAAGGGGAAACGGUGAAACCAGUUGAAGUAAAAAGUGUACAUAAAUAUUGUCUGUCAUGUUUGAAGUGAUAAUACCAAGUCACUUAUAACAUAAUAUUAAAUGUUGUCAUGACUGAGGAUUAUUGUCAUAAGUCAACAUUUGAAGCUUAUACCCCGCACCCCCAGAAAAUAAAA